UGCUGAUUGAGGGAAGCCGCACAGCCUGCCCACACCCGACCCGACCCGAGACCUAAAUCGCCGCCACAGUUCCUCGCUACUGCGGCGACCGCCGUUCCCACCCCGCAUCGGAGAGGAAGAUCGCCGCGCCAGCGCCACCAUCCCCGACCCUCGACCCCACCACGCUCGGCAGGUUCAGGCCGAAACCCAGAAACCCAGCAGCAGUGUGCGACGAUCAGAAGCAGGCAGAAGGAGGCGAUCCACGGCAGGCUCCAUAGGCGGCAAGGCAAGGAUGGAUGAGCAAGAUGAUAAAAACACAAAGGCUGAGCUGAAACUUUGCGGUGACAUAGCUGUUAAGAGAAAGAAUUACCGUGGCGCGUCCGCAUUCUACAGCGAGGCAAUUGAGCUGGACCCUAGUGAUGCGACGCUGUACGCAAACAGGAGCCUUUGCUACCUGCAAAUGACUGAAGCAGGUAAGGCAUUGCGUGAUGCUAACACCUGCAUAAAACUGCGGCCCGAAUGGUUAAAAGGUUACUACAGGAAAGGAGCUGCUCUCAUGUCGUUCAAGGAGUACAAAGAAGCAUGUGACGCAUUCGAGGCCGGACUGAAACUGGACCCUGGAAACACCGAGAUGGAGAAAGUAUUGCAGGAGGCAGUUGAGGCGAUGAAAAAGGAUGACAUGGCCAAAAAAAGAGAAAAUGCUUCAAGCCAUCCAGCUAGAGAAAAACAGGCACGCAAAGGGCGUGGCCGCAACACCCGUUGAGCUGCUCCAACAACGUACGUAGGGGAUUGUACUAAGCCACAGCCAGCCACCGCUUGCAUCACUAUGGAUUUGACUGAAUUUCACACAAUAUUGAGGAAAUGUACACUGUAGCUGUGAGACUGUGAGAUUGCUUUUUCAAUUGCACCGUUUGCAAUGACCACUUCCAUUGCAACUUGGUCCAGUUUUAUCACCAAAACUGGCAGCUAUCUGUUAGCCUAGCUAUCACCGAUAUUAGCAGCUAUCUGUCAUCCUAUUUAUCGUCAAAUGUACUCGGUAUGUAUGAUCUUAUGGCUCAUGAUGUGCUAGAGCUCUCAGAAAUCAGAAUUUCGUUUGUACGAUGCAUCA